AUGGGACAAAGAAGUGGACAUCAAGAAAGAAGCAAGAAACGAGAGCUGGCACCAAGCGAGACCAUGAAGGCAGAAGCAGAUGCACAAAAUAAUAAAGAGGAAGCCGAAGAACUGAAGGCCAAAGACCAGAGGCUAACAUCAAUCUUUGGUGUGGCAGACUUGAAAAAUGGAGCUAUUGGACUGUACAACGUUGGACUGAACUGCUGUCUGAACUCCCUGCUCCAAGUGUUCCUCAUGAAUAUACACUUCACUCGGAUACUUCGAAGGAUCACAGUGCCACCAUGUGCUGCGCAGAAGAGGAGGAGUGUCCCAUACCAAAUGCUCCUGCUGUUGGAGGAGAUGCAACGUGGCAGGCAGAAAGCUGUUUCUCCCAUAGAUCUCGCUUGCUGCCUUUCAGCCUACAGAGUGAAAC